AUACAAUGAACCAAAGUUCUGAUGAUGAUGAGCCCAGAAAAAAAAACAAAAACAGAUCAACAUAGUAGAAGUGUUACAUGUUGUGUUACAUGUGAGAUGUUUGGCAUUGCCAUUCCACACAUGCAUUUCAUUCAUCACACAGCUGUUUACAAUUCCUGGUACAGUUGUGUAAUGAAUCAUCGAGCACAUUUUGAUAAUUUAAAAAAAUGCAAAAACUCUAAAUAGACUAUUUUUGACAUAUAACAGAAACGAGAAAGGUCAAAUGACUUGAUAAAAAACACACAAUGGAGGAAAUAAGAAGUAAACAGGACAUUCCCUAGAAAGCCUGCUGAGUCUGGAGCGAUGGGGCAAUGAGACUGAAACACAAGAUGAAAUGGAAAUAGAUACCGUGGUGGUGACUUUGCAGGCAGCGGUGAUUGACUCGCACUGGUGUGACUCCGACAGAAACACUCUUUAGACAGGACAGAAAUAGCCGCUGUGUUGGCGGUCCGGAAUAAGCACCAGGAGGGUGACGGGGUCAGCUGUUAGUAGGGCAGGCGGGACACCGAGGGAGAGGGACGCCCUGAAGCCGAAAAGACACAACAAAAGAGGGUUUUCAAAGCGAGAGACGGCAAGCAGGAUUAAACAGAGCGGGAAUCAGUUUUCUAGGACAAGAGGAGGUUGACCACGGACUUCAGUCACAGCUUUCCAAAACAAAAUCUGAGCGUGUCUGUCAAAGCUAUAUCUGCACUGUUUAUGUCCAAGGUGGAGCAGCAAGAGUCAAAUCUAACACCAGUCAAACAGGCUGAAGAGCCAUCACCUCAACCAGUCAAAAAGGUGUCAAAAGUAAAGAUGGCUGAAGACACCCGACAAAAGACUGAUGAGCGCAGUCUGUCUCAUUCAUCUCGAUUCGAGUUCAGUCAUGAAGACUGUCAUGGCUCCCAAGGCCAUCAAGUCGUAGCAUCACCGCCAUCCAAGGAAAUCUUGCAUCAGCAAAGGCAAAAAUGUGAGCUGAGGAGACUCCUCAAGCACACGCAUCCAGAGCUGAGGAUGUCAGACAAAGAAGUUGGUGAGGAGCUAGCAGAGGUCCUGAACACAGAGACGGCUGCAACAGCUGCGGAAAGUGAUUACGAGGGAGACGUUCUCUCAAAAAGACUGAUAUUUGAGAGCUGUGCCCAGACUAGUAAAGUGUCACCUUGCCCUCACAAGACACACGUGGGUCAGGAGACAGAAAGAGGGCAAGUCUCCAGCCCUGCAGCUGUGCUCGGAAAGCCAGAAGAGAAGACCUGUGUUGGAGCAAAUGAGGCGACUGAGGAAGAGAAUGAGAGGAUAGAUCUCCAUAAAGUCAGAAUGAUUUUUGAAAGUCAGUCACUUGAUACAAUUUCCAAGAGUGUUGUCCAACAACAAACGCAGGCAGCUUCUGUGGCCAAGAGGCCAGUGGAGCCCUCCGGGCAACAUCAAGAUGCAGGUUGGAGUAAUGAUGAUGACGACUGUUGGAACGACACAGAAGCUUCUGCGGUUGUCAAUACCGAUGUUGCAGUGGCUCCACAGAACAAAUCAUCUUUUCUCCAAAACAACCCUUUUAUCUCAAAGAACAUAGAAAAAGAGUAUUCCAAUGAGCUGACAGGGAAAUCCCAAAUCCCAGCGAGGGACAACGAUGCCACCAGCGACUGUGUGAUAGCAAACGUCAAGGACAGAGCCCAACUGUUCGAAUCGAUGCCUUUUGACAAAAUCCAACACCAGAACAAAGACGAAAUUGAGAUGAUGGUGGAGAUAAUAAAAGAGUCGCUGGACCGUCUCUACCAUGCGAAUGCCUUGCAUUCCAAAGGCUCGAUCAUCGAGGUGCAUGAGACCAUGAUUGCUAAAAAAGCCGAAUUUGUACUCUCAGAGUGCGGGCCGGUGGUUUCCAAUGACGAAGUGUGCGAAGGAAACUCCCAAAACUUCAUACUACACCUGCUCCCCAGAGCUAACCUAGAACCGCGUAUUAGUUACCUGAAGGAGGACAGCAAAGGAAACAUGUUGGUCACCAAGCUGAUGGUGCCAGUUCACCACCAGCAAAUCAUGUCCAGUCAGGAAACCGAAUUCAAAACCGCCAGUCUUGUACAGCUGGUUGAGGACAUUCUCUGUCAAGACAACUCUCUCAGGAAAGGAGUGCUUAUCCAGGAUAGCUUGAACUCCAGUGCUAAUGUCACCGUUUACUCUCUCUACAGUUAUGCUAAUAGAGAUGAUGUGAGAAGUUAUUGCCCUUUGCCAGAUUCCAAUGUCUCUGCUACAAGGGCAAUACAUAAGCCACAAAAGCAAUCUGUUCAAGUAACCAGCUCUCAAUCCACGGAGCCUGAAGUGGCCAUCAAGGGGAAUGUGAAACUGUUCAAGAGUUGUAUUGAGAAAGGAGAUCUUGAGUAUCUGAAAACCCUGCAGACUGAUACAGAAUCUGGGGAACACACUGCACAGCAAAACACGGAUCACACAAAUGAAAUUCCAACAGAGCAUCAAGUGGAUCUGGCAGAGGAUACCUCAGAAUGGGCACAAGUGGAUGUGAAGAGGCUAAAAAGUAUGUUCAAUGGCGAUUCAAAACCAACCCCGGAGAAGAGCACAUUCAAGGUGAAUUCAUUCAAGUCGACAGCUCAUCAGAGUGAUUUCAGUUGUGCCAGUGUUCCAAUCGAAAAGGGGCAAUCCUCUCAUGAGGAUGGAGUUGGGCUCAAUUCCCCUCAGGGGGACACAGAGGACUCAAACGUAGCUCCCUGCUUUCCUAUUCCAAUGGAUGACCAGAUCCACCAAGCUGAAUUGGUGCAGGUGGUAGAUGAAGCUGACGAAAUUAUGAACCUCCAAACUGCGAUCCAGAAUCUACAAAUGGCUACGAUGGAAGCCAAAUCCCUUCAAACUUCAAUCCAAGGAAAACAUGCGGAGAUCAUAGAGCGAGCACCAGCUGACUUUAAACACAAGGUUAUUGAAGAAUCCCCUGUAGCAUUACCAAAACCAGAGGCCAGUGCCAGCAUCUUGCCAGAACAUAAAGAGAAUCAUUCUGAAAAUUAUAUAUCGGAUGAGUCAAUGUCAGCAAAAGGCACAACCCAUGAAACUUCAGUUGUAUCUCCAAACAUUUCUGCAGUAAACGACCUGCCACACGAUAAUGAAGAACCAGAAUUACAAGGGAAACUGAAGGCAGCUCUGGAAUCCUUGGAGAAAUCCAAUAUUAAUGUCACCCGAGGAGAUUUUAAAGCAGCAAUGCUGUACCGCAACUCUCCAAGAGCAACCAAGGAGAGAUUACAAAAUGUAGCGACAGAUGCAGAAACAGUUAGCAAAGAUGAAGCAUCAGCAAAUACUGAGUCAAAGCGAGCAAAUUCAACCGCAAAUGAUUUACAGAGCCAGAAAGAAAUAGAGACAACGGAUGAUCUGACGAAAAGUGGAUCCGUACAGAAAUGUCAGCGCUUGGUUGGUCCCAAACCAACCAUUCCUCCUAAACCUGCACGUUUGAUUGUCAAGUCAACCAGCAAGGAGAACAAGGAUGAAAACAAAGAAAAUCAUUUGGAUCCAAAAACAGAUAAAACACAGGAAGCACUGAUAAACUCUGAGGGUGAGAUUGGUCAAACAGCCAGUGAGAGCGAAAAACAACAAACCAAAGACGUAGUCAUGGGACAGCAAUGUCAAACCUCUGCUGCAGCUUCACAUGUGUCAGAGGCUUUGAACGACGGGACCGAGGAACCUAUUUUAGACGGUAAACUUCGAGCAGCUCUAGAUUCCCUCCAGAAGUCCAACAUAAAUGUGACGAGGGGGGAUUUUAAAGCUGCGAUGAUAUACCGCAACUCUUCAAAAGCGGCCAUGGAUAGAGCUCAAAUUGUGAAAACAGAUUCCAAUGCAAUUACAGUUGACAUUAAAGAGUCAUCAACAAAGGAGCAAACAAACCCAGAUGACAGUGGCACCAUCCAAAGAGAGAUGGAGAGGAUAAACAGAGACGUGUUAAGUGAUUCUCUAGACACUUUAGUUAGUCAAGAAUCAACACUGGCUUCGAAUAACAGUGUGUCAGCUGACACUGAGCAGUGUGCAAAUGUGAAGCAAGUGAAGGAAGAAAAUACAUCUCUUUAUUCAUCAUUUGGGCCAAUGGGCACAGGCACGAGGCAGGUACAUGACACGAUUAAACCUGAAGCGGAUGUCGCUGGUGAAGAGAACGUAGCUGCCCAGGAAUCCUCGCAGAAUCCUCCGGAAUGCGGCGCCUCUAUGAAAAGUGAUGAGCGCAAUAUUGUGAUGACACCAGGUGACGCGCUCCAGGAGCCGAAGAAAGAUGAUCUGAGUGAAAAUGAUGAAUGCCACCUUGAUUUUAGUGAAGCCUUCAAGAAAUUUGAAUGUAAGAAGGCAUGUUCAGUGAAGAGCUCGCCCGUGAAGCCCAAAAGAGUAAAAAUUGCUCAGCCUGAAAGUCAAGAAGGAAGAGUUGGAGGUGAUGUCAACAAUUCUAAAAUCCCUGCAAUGGUAGGUGAAGAACAUCCGAGAACCACCAAUGAGCCGUUCAGCAGAGCAGAUGAAGGCGAAGAGAAAGUGAGAAUUGAGAAUGGAAUAAAACAAGAAGGUAAAGUUGAGUUGAGGGAAAAGAAAGCAAGACCUGAAACGGAAUAUGAACGUAGGCAGAGACUGUCCGUUCACAUGGACGAAAUUAUGAGAGGGAACAUCACGGCAGCCAUGGAAAUCUUUGACCACCUGCGAAAACAGGAGGAGCUUCAAAACAUUCUGACUCGAGUUGAAGAAAUUGAACAAGACACGAGUGAGGUUGAUGUAAAGUCACUGCGAAGUGUGUUUGAAGAUGUCCCCGAGUGGGUGGUCAACUCAGCCAAAAAGACCCCAAAGGAUGUGAGAAAAGUUGAGCGAAACGGGGAAAAGAAACCAACAUCGAUGGAUGCGCCUGAAACAAAAUCUCCAAUGGCACACAUUUUCGGGGAUCUUGAACGGGCGAGUGAAGAUAUUAUGAAUCUGAAAGAGCAAACGUUAGCUAGACUACUGGACAUUGAGGAGGCCAUUAAGAAAGCCCUUUACUCUGUUUCCACAUUGAAGUCGGAUUCUGAUAUCGCAGGGCUAUCAUGCUUGCUGAAAGAGUCCCUUGGAACGGUGCAGGGUUCUUCAUCCUCUGCUAACAUCAGCAAAAUUAGCAUCGGCUCGAGCAGAACAAAGCAAAAGUCUGCAGAAGGGAACUCCACCACACCGUCACCCUUACCUGACUCAGGUGCCAAGCGAAGACCAAGCCCCCCAUCAUCACCAGCUUACAUUUCCAUCCAGUCUGCCGCAAGAAAGAAUAGCAAAGCAGAUCUCGUGCCGCCUGACGUAGCAACGUGUCCGACAUGUCAGCAAAGUCCACGGACAGAGCGCAAAUUCCGAACAACCAAAACGCUAGAGUGCAACAGCCCAGCUCUUAACAGGAAAAUAGACCAGCGAGUAGGUGGAUCCAAAAUCACCACACUCUCUCCUCUUAAUCCAAAAAGAGAAUUCAGCUUGCUUGAGGUGAAAACUGACCACGAGCAAAACAGAAUAUUUGGCACAAAAACAGUCACAGAAAACUAUGAGAUGACCGACCCAUGUGGAAACCGGUUUUACACGUCCAAAACUUCGACCAUCGUCACAACUCAGCCGGAAACCAUGACCUCAUCUGGUCCCAUAAUGAUCAGUUCACCGAUGACUGAGGUCACCACCUACCCUGAGCUCAGACUGCCAAUUAAUCAAAAACCGUGAGGGGCUUUAAUAACAGUACAUAUCAAUGCGCAACCCCAAAAAAGAAAAAAAAAAGUGAGUGUUUGGUUCUUUUUUACGUGCCAAUGUGUUUCCAAGUUGUUGUGCUCACAUUCUCAGCUGUACCUGUUGAUUUGAAGAUUUGAUGAUUUGAAAUUAAAUAAGUGAUUUUGGUUCUAAACUGUGUCUCUCUCAUGUUUA